GGGGGUGUGGAGUCUGUCACUUAUACAGAGUGGAGGGGUGGGAUCUGUUGGUUAUACAUAGUGGAAGAGUGGGUUCUGUUGCUUAUACAGAGAGAAGAGGAGUGGGUUCUGUCACUUAUAUAGAGAGGAACAGUGGGGUCUGUCGCUUAUACAGAGAGGAGUGGGGUCUGUUGCUUAUACAAGGAGAGGAGUGGGUUCUGUCGCUUAUACAGGGAGAGGAAGAGUGGGUUCUAUUACUUAUACAGGGAGAAGAGUGGAUUCUGUCACUUAAACAGAGGAAGAGUGGGUUCUAUCACUUAUACAGAGAAAGGAGGACUGGGUUCUAUUGCUUAUACAGGGAGAGAAGUGGAUUCUGUCACUUAUACAGGGAGAAGAAAGGUGGGAUCUGUUACUUACAGGGAGAGGAGUGGGUUGUGUCACUUAUACAGGGAGAGGAGGAAUGGUUUGUGUCACUUAUACAGGGAAGAGAAGUGGAUUCUGUUGCUUAUACAGGGAGAGGAGGAGUGGGUUCUGUCACUUAUACAGGGAGGGAAGGAGUGGAUUCUGUUGCUUAUACAGGGAGAGGAGGAGUGGGUUCUGUCACUUAUGCAGGGAGAGGAGGAGUGGAUUCUGUCGCUUAUACAGGGAGAGGAGGAGUGGGUUCUGUCACUCAUACAGUGAGAGGAGUGGAUUCUGUCACUUAUACAGGGAGAGGAGGAGUGGGAUCUGUCACUCAUACAGGGAGAGGAGUGGAUUCUGUCCCUCAUACAGGGAGAAGAGGAGUGGAUUCUGUCCCUCAUACAGGGAGAAGAGGAGUGGAUUCUGUCCCUCAUACAGGGAGAAGAGGAGUGGAUUCUGUCCCUCAUACAGGGAGAAGAGGAGUGGAUUCUGUCACUCAUACAGGGAGAGGAGGAGUGGAUUCUGUCCCUCAUACAGGGAGAAGAGGAGUGGAUUCUGUCCCUCAUACAGGGAGAAGAGGAGUGGAUUCUGUCACUCAUACAGGGAGAGGAGGAGUGGAUUCUGUCACUUAUACAGGGAGAGGAGGAGUGGGUUCUGUCACUUAUACAGAGAGAGGAGGAGUGGAUUCUGUCGCUUAUACAGGGAGAGGAGGAGUGGGGUCUGUCACUCAUACAGGAAGAGGAGGAGUGGGGUCUGUUGCUCAUACAAGGAAAGGAGGAGUGGGGUCUGUCACUUAUGCAAGGAGAGGAGGCAUGGGUUCUAUCGCUUAUACAAGGAGAGGAGGCAUGGGUUCCGUCACUUAUGCAAGGAGAGGAGGUGUGGGUUCUAUCACUUAAUACAGGGAGGGGAGGAGUGUGUUCUGUCACUUAUACAAGGAGAGGAGGCAUGGGUUCUGUCACUUAUACAAGGAGAUGAGGCGUGGGUUCUGUCACUUAAUACAGGGAGAGGAGGAGUGUGUUCUGUCACUUAUACAAGGAGAGGAGGCGUGGGUUCUGUCACUUAUACAGGGAGAGGAGGUGUUCUGUCACUUAUAUAGAGAGAAGUGGGGUCUGUUGCUUAUACAGGGAGAGAAGAAGUGGAGUCUAUUGCAUAUACAGGGAGAGGAGGAGUAGAGUCUAUUGCUUAUACAGGGAGAGGAUGAGUGGGUUCUGUCGCUUAUAUAAGGAGGAGUGGGUGGAAAUCUUAAGGACACAUACACAUCCCUUAGCAUUGGGAAGUCUGUUUAUGCCAUGCCUGCUGGAAUGGGAUAUCUUGUGUCAGUCAGUUUGUUAGUAAGUGUUUCAGUCAAUGUUGCAGUGCUUGAAACAGGUAAAGACACAAGGACACUGUAACACUGCCACUGACUGAUGCUUUUACUCACUAACUAAUUUGGUGUGCUGUUCCUGUCUUUGCUUUUGAGAUGUCCCUAAACACUUGUACCAGGCUGUCCAGAUGAGAAUAAUCAGGUGUCUUGUGAGUCUGUACAGGUGAAGAAGUAACAGAGAGGCAGGUGGAGGGUGGAGAGGUGGAAUCUUGUUGGUUUUGUGGAAUCAGCUUUUCCUCAGUUCACUUGUUUAUUUUCAAAGUAUUGCUUCCCUCUUUUUUUUUCUCAUCUUUUCUCAUUUUUCCUCUUACUUUCCUCCUUACCCUUUCUUUCUUCCUGUAUAUUCCUUCUGUUUCUUUUCUAAUUUUUUCCUCUCCUUAUUUUUUUUUUCUUAUUUUCCUUCUCUCCUGUAUUUUCUCUUCCUUUUUUUUUUUCUUUUCUCUACCUUUUCCUAUCAUCCUCUUAUUUUUCCUCCUGUCUUCCUUCUUAACCUUCCCUCUUCUUUUUCCUUUCACCUUCUUUUCUUUUUGUCUUCUCUCACUUUUCUUCCUCUAAUUUUUCCUUUUACCUUACUUUUUAACUGUCCCUCUUCCUCUUUUUUCCUCUUACCUUCCUUUCUUUUUUGUUUACUAUCGUUUCUUCUCUUCCUCUUAUUUUUUCCUCCUGCCUUGCUUCAUAACCUUUUUUCCUCUAUUUUCCUCUUAGCUUUUUUAAAAAAAUUUUAUUCUACGUCUUGGCUCCCCUUAUUCUCUUCUAUUCUCGGCUUUUAUAUUAUCAGCUGGGUUUCUUCUUUAUUUUAUUUUUUUUCAUUUAUUUAUUUAUUUUUUUUAGGGGUCUCUUAUCUCAGUCUCCUUAUGAUUAUUUUGGCUUCUUUGUCUCAUAUAGAGGUCUGGUUUCAUUCUCUCACGUCCUCUGUUCUCCAAUCAUCAACCAUGUCUUUUAUUCAUUGGACAUUAUGAUAAGUAUGCUGAUUCCGUGUUCCUUUGUUCUCCCUGCAUGUGUUAAUGUAUCCCCUCAGUUUUGUCAAGUCUGUAUGCCAUGCUCGCUGAAGUGAUCGGUUUGAAUUGAUUGAUAUACUGUGUGUCGGUAUGUGUUGUGGUAAUCAAGGCAGGUGAGGACUCAAGCUCUCACUCACUAACUGGCCUAUAUAUUCCUGUCUUGUUUUGAAAUGGACUUGUAUGAAAACCCUGAAUCAUAAGGCACCAGGUUGUCCAAAUGGGAAUAAUCUGGUAUUUUAUUAGAUUGAAAUACAAUAGUUUCCUGAAUGUUUAAAGGUAAGACAGGAAUACAUAGACCAUGUAGCGAGGGAGAGCAUCAGUCACUGUCAGCGUUACCAUGUCCUCACCUGCUUCAGCUAUUGCCACACACCUAAAGACCCACACUAUAGAAAUGAUAACCCCAUGCAUUGAUAUGUGAGUUGCCAUAAUAUCCUAUACCCUUCUCCAUAAGAAAUUCCCCUAUUGAUAUGCAGUGUGGGAGUGUUCAUGACAAGUGUGGUGCAUGGGAGGAGUGAAGGUAACUAGAAAUGAUAAUGCUUCUUAACUCUCUCUUGUUUGUUGAUAAGAUAAGUAAUGAGUGGUGACGGGUGAGAGAUGGAGCGAAGACAAAUAGAAUGAUAGAUAACAGACAGAACCAAAACAAAUAGAAUGAUAGAUACAGACAACCAAAACAAAUAGAAUGAUAGAUACAAAUAGAACCAAGACAAAUAGAAUAAUGAAAACAGAACCAAGACAAAUAGAAUAAUGAUAAUAGAACCAAAACAAAUAGAAUAAUGGUAAUAGAGAGAACCAAAACAAAUAGAAUAAUGGUAAUAGAGAGAAACAAAAACAAAUAGAAUAAUGAUAAUAGACAGAACCAAAACAGAAUAAUGAUAAUAGAACCAAAACAAAUAGGAUAAUGAUAACAGAACCAAAACAAAUAGAAUAAUGAUAAUAGAGAGAACCAAAACAGAUAGGACAAUGACAAUAAACAACCAAAACAAAUAGAACAAUGAUAGAUGGAACAGAAACAAACAGAAUAAUAGAAUAUAAUAGAAUAAUAGAACAGAUAAUUGAACUAGGACAAAUAAAAUAAUGAUAAUCUAUACACAACAAUAAUAACAUACCUCAACAUCUAUCUAAACACACUACACACUUCAUUAUCCCUUCAUCAUCCAUAAUCUACACUUCAUUAUCUCAUCUCCCAAAACCUUAAGUGUACCUGCAAGAACCUAGCAGGGAAGACUGGGACUUGUAUGGUGGGUAGGAGGGAGGGUGCUGGGUGGGGAGUGGUGGCAAGGUAGGGAGUGCUAGAGACUUCAAAAUGUGGUAAUGUAAGAUUGAGUUGCAGGAAUGUGGUAGAGACUGGUGUAGUGUGGUAGGUGGCAGGGUAUUAACAAGGAAUGGUAAUGGUAGUGGUUGUUAUGAGUGUUGCUGUACUGGUAAUCACUAACAUGAGGGAGAAACUUCAUCCUGGACCCGUAUUCUGUAAUGUUUUGGACUCUGACAAUAGCAGUUUUUCAGAUGACUGCUCAGGCCACAAAAACUGCCUUGAAAAUCACAGAAACACCUAGAAAUUGAGAUAAAACACCCCCAAAAAAAAAAACAUUGAAAAUACCAUUAAUUGAUGCAAGACCCCAAAAAACUCCAUUAAAAACCCCAGUAAUUCAGGCAAAACUCCCCAACAAAAAACAUUAAAAACCCCAGUAAUUCAGGCAAGACCCAAAAAACACCAGUAAUUCAGACAAAUACCCCCAAAAAAAACACCCUUAAAAACCUCAGUAAUUGAUACAAAACCCACAAAACACCUUAAGAAACCCAGCACCACCUAAUAAUUCAGAAAAAAAGCACCAAAACAUUACAGAAUACAAGCGGUGAGUAAACAAACAAGUAUGUACAUUAGCCAAGUAGCAUGUUGUAAAGAGUGAACCCUAGUGAAUGUCUAUCCUACCCCCUGCUACUGUUAUUAUGGUCACGGCAAC